AUGACUGAAGAAAAAGAAGUGGCGACUGAAGCUAACGGUCAGGAGAACAAUGAGAAUGGAAAAAAUGAAGAUACUUCAGAUCUAGAAAAUGCAAUCAUUCGUCAGGUUGAAUAUUACUUUGGUGAUUUAAACUUGCCUAGAGACAAGUUUCUCCGGGAACAGGUUCAGUUAGAUGAUGGCUGGGUGCCAUUGGAUAUUCUUCUCAAAUUCAACCGUCUUGCCAAACUUACCACAGAUCAAGAAGUCAUUGUAAAUGCACUUAAUAAGUCCACAUCUGGAUUGUUAGAGGUAUCAGAUGACAACAAAAAAGUGCGCAGAAACCCAGAGCUGCCAGUACCUGAGAUGAAUGAAGAGAGACGUAAAGAGUUGACGGCUCGCACAGUCUAUGCCAAAGGUUUCCCGAAGGACUCUUUACUUGAUGAUAUUCUUGUGUACUUCAAACAAUUUGAAGAAGUAGAAAAUAUAAUUAUGAGAAGGUAUCUCGACAAACAGAGCAAGAAAAAGCUUUUCAAAGGAUCAGUGUUCGCUACAUUUAAGACGAAGGACCAGGCAGUAAAAUUCAUGGAGAACAAAGGAUUAAAGUAUAAUGACACAGAGCUGUUAUUACUGUGGCAAGAAAACUAUUUGCAGCAGAAACAGGAGGAGUAUGCUGCUCUUAAAGACAAGAAAAAUAAAAAAUCACAAAAGAAAGAGGAAAAUGAAGAAAAAGAAGAGUUUAAACUACCCUCAGGCACUGUACUUUUCUUCAAUGAGGGAAGUGACAACCUCACGCGAGAAAAAAUAAAGGAAGCGAUUACUGAACUAGGUGCGGAAGUGGCUUACAUUGAUUUCAAACAAGGCGACACACAGGGUUGGGUACGGCUAUCGAAAGAAAAUGCAGCCAAAGAAGUAGCAGCAAAGUUAACAGAUGGCAAAAUCAAAAUAGAUGAUAAAGAAAUAGAAUUCAAGUUACUAGAAGGUGAUGAAGAGACCGUCUAUUUACAAAAGACUGUGGAAGAGAUGGCCAAACGACGUAAGAACAUGAAGAACUUCAAAAAUAACAAAGGUGGACAUAAUAGAGGAAAGAACUUUAAAGGAAAAGGCAAAAAGAGGCGACAAGACGAUCACGAUGAAGCACCGCGGAAUAAAGUUAAGGCUGACAGUUAG